AUCUUGAGUUCAGGAGCAAACCCUUGAGUUUUCUAAAAAUAGCUCAGCCUUUCCCCCAGCGGGGCUGGCAGCAGGGAACGGGAGAGAGGCAUGCUUGCCCUUUUAUGCUUAUCUCAGCAGACACCCUGGGACUCCAUGAGGUUGUUGGGUCAUAUGCUCAAGGUCUGGCAGUCUCUGGGAAGACUGAGAAGGAAACUGAGAAGAGUCAAAGUCACAGACAGCCACGCAGGGACAGGCCCCUGGGGUGAAGACCCUCUCCACGGGGUGGGGAGCACUACGUUGGGAAGGCCCGAACAAGCAGCCAGAAGUCCCCACGAUCUGCAACUCGGCCUGCGUGAGAGCACCCAUUCAGAAACAUGUCCGCGGCAGGCCGGAACCCUGCAGAAAAUAUCCCAAGACAAACAGCAUGAGGUGGGGGAUAGAGCCCUGCACCGGGACCAGCUGCUCCUUCUCACCCUCUCCAUCUUCCUGGGGCUGGGCCAGCCCAGGAACCCCAAAGGCAAGAGGAAGGGGCCAGGGCGGCCUGGAACCCUGGCUCCAGGGCCUCACCAGGUGCCACUGGACCUGGUGUCCCAGGCGAAGCCGUAUGCCCGCAUGGAGGAAUACGAGAGGAACCUCAGGGAGAUGGUGGCCCAGCUCAGGAACAGCUCCGAGCCGGCCAGAAGGAAGUGUGAGGUCAACCUGCAGCUGUGGCUGUCCAACAAGAGGAGCCUGUCACCCUGGGGCUACAGCAUCAACCAUGACCCGAGCCGCAUUCCCGCAGACCUGCCGGAAGCGCAAUGCCUGUGCCUGGGCUGUGUGAACCCCUUCACCAUGCAGGAGGACCGCAGCAUGGUGAGCGUGCCCGUGUUCAGCCAGGUGCCCGUGCGCCGCCGCCUCUGCCCGCUGCCGCCCCGCACUGGGCCGUGCCGCCAGCGUGCGGUCAUGGAGACCAUCGCCGUGGGCUGCACCUGCAUCUUCUGAACCGGAGGCUGCGGGGAGCCAGAGACCGCCCUCCUGGUGCUUCCACUCCAAGUGAGGCCCGUGAGCAGUAAACACUGUCUUUCAUUAAGCAA